UUGCUUCUUUCCUCAUCCUCCUCCUCCUGAAAAAAUUAAAUCUCGCGCCGCCGCGACUUGAGUCUAUUGGGGGAAGAGGACGGGGCUUCUGGGACUUCUCCCUGGCUCUCUCUGGCGUCCUUGCCAUGCCAUCCCCCUAAAUUUUGGCGCACUAGGCCACUGCCUAGGUAGCCUAUAGGGUAGAGCCGACCCUGUGAGCUGUGCAUCCUGGGAAGUCUGAUGCAACAUGCACAGUAGGUGAAGUCAGCCAGCAGUGCAUCAUGGAUGAUAUUCUGAUGCAACAGGUACUGGGUAUGAAACCAGCCAGGUUUCAUUGGCGGCAUGACUGUCACAUGGCUUCCAAGAAGACCACCUAUAUAAGGGAGAAAGAAGCAAAAGCUACAGCUGGCUGCUAGCCCCAAGGAUACUGAGCCUGCCGUUCCCUCCACACUGAGCCUUUCCUCCAUCUAAGCCAGAGACAGCGAUAGCAGAGGAGUCAGGAGGCUGCUUUUCCCUUAUUUCAUGUGGGACUCAGAGGGGACAUAUGGCAUCUUGGCAAUGAUUGGAUGGCUUAUGAGAACAGUGAUGCGAGGCUCUGGCUCUUUGGUCGUGCUGGUCUUGCUGUCAAGUGACUGGCAUCUCCUCAGUCUAAAGCAGCCCAGAGGAACCAAAGCAUUGGAAAAUUGCCUCACCCACCUUCUACAAUAUGGGAAAGUGUGAUUUUAGAUUCCUGCCUAACAAGUAUUGCACAACAUUUCCUGCUUCAGCACAGAGUCUGGAAGAUUUUACUUCUAUUUUUAAAAGUAAUCCAGCUCUUCAGACUUUCUUGUGAACCAACACAUGCAUCUACUGGAAGGUAAAGAUGGAUUGCAUCCCACCAAGAGUCAAACUCAGUGAUGACACCUUUAUCUUCCUGGAUGGCAAGUGGGUGAACGAAACAUGUAUUCAAUCAGCAUUUCCUUCCUCAGCAGAAGCUCAAAAGAAACAUGUUAACAAGAAGAUGCAUAAUGACUGGACCCUCUGGGAAGAAAACAAAGCCCUCUGGGAAGAAAACAAGGCCCUUCGGGUGGAAAACAGGGCACUUCGGGAAGAGAAUAAGGCACUCCAGUACCUAAGGAUGGAGAACAAAGGCAUUCAGGUUAUCUAUGAUGAAAGUCUCCAACAAAUCCUCCAGCAGGAAAAUAAGCCUUUAGUAGCUCUUCCACUCAUAGAAGGACUCCAGAACAGUAAGGAAAACAAAGCCAUUCAACUUAUCCAAGGAGAGAAAAAAGCCCUUCAACUCUUUCUGGAAAAGAAUUUGCCACUGAAGGUCUUCUCUCAGGAGAGAAAACUCACCCCAGUCCUUAAGAAAGAAGACUCCCUAGACCAGGAAACUAAAAAGAAUAUAGUCCAGGAAGCCAAUAAUAAGCCUGCAUCAGCUGAUGCUGUGAGAAUUGUACAGGAAAUCCAAGAAGAGAACAGUGCCAUGACAGGAAAGGAAAGACAACAAACUUCCUUAUCAUUAUUAGAUGAGAAUGAAAUACUUGAAGCUGUGCAGAAACUGAACCAAACUGUACUGUUUCUCCUGAGAGAGAACCAUGUACUUAUGGAAGAAAAGCAGGCCCUUCAGACUGUUCAAGGAGGGAACAAAAUACUUUGGGAGGAGAACAAUACGCUUAAACUCCAACAAAAGGCCAUCAAAGGUGCUCUCAGUAAAAUUAUUGCUCAGAUGGGCUUGCUGCAAGAGGAGCUUAACUCCUUUGCUUUCAUGCAGGAGUCAGAGAAUACUGAAUGAAGAAGCCUGAUAAUUGCUGAAACCUGAAUAGUUACAGGGAGAUUGGGUAGGCUGCAUAGGCUAACUACUUUUAGGAAAUUAUCUCUCUCCUGUGGUGUAAGACCUAAUAAAGUUCUGUUGUUGA